UGAUUAGUUACCAAUAAUCCUUACAAAACGUUAUAAUGGCAGAACAAGAAGUAGACGAUAUUCCAAUCCCAGUUCGUCGUUGGAUACGUGGCCAUUAUACAAAAUUAACAAGUAGUAAUGAGGCAAAAUGUAAUCAUUAUGCAGAAAUCACUAUAUAUAAUAAUAGAUCCUUAGCUAAUUUACAUGAACAUUUGGUGAAGAGACAUCCAGACAUAUUAUCAGAAGAAGAGAAGAAAGAAGAUAAAUUCCAUUGGACUUGGGACAAUUUUAUCGCAAAAAGCGAUACAGAGGCAACAUGCAAAAAAUGUGACUCAACAAUUAAGUACCAUACAGUAUAUGAUCUCAAGAGGCAUUUAAAACGUAUUCACGAGAUAGUCAAUCCAAAUUCAGAUCGUGUAGAGGACAACGAGAGCAAUUCAGACAAUGACAUGAUUGCAAAUGAGGAUAUAACUAAAAAGACAGAUUUUAUUCCAGUUCGUCUUUACAUACGUAAACAUUACACAAAAUUACCAAAGAAUAAUGCAAGAUGCAACUAUUGUAAUGUAAAAUUCACUAUACAUAUGAAUAGAUUAGCUAUUUUACAUGAUCAUUUGGUGAAGAAACAUCCAGACAUAUUAUCGGAAGAAGAGAAGAGAGAAAAAAAAUUCGAUUGGUGUUGGGAUUAUUUUAUCGCAAAAAGCAAUAGAGAGGCAACAUGCAAAAUAUGUGACUCAACAAUUAAGUACCAUACAGCAUGUGAUCUCAAGAGGCAUUUAAAACGUAUUCACGAGAUAUUCAAUCCAAAUUCAGAUCGUGUAGAGGACAACGAGAGCAAUUCAGACAAUGACAUGAUUGCAAAUGAGGAUAUAACUAAAAAGACAGAUUUUAUUCCAGUUCGUCUUUACAUACGUAAACAUUACACAAAAUUACCAAAGAAUAAUGCAAGAUGCAACUAUUGUAAUGUAAAAUUCACUAUACAUAUGAAUAGAUUAGCUAUUUUACAUGAUCAUUUGGUGAAGAAACAUCCAGACAUAUUAUCAGAAGAAGAGAAGAGAGAAGAUAAAUUCGAUUGGUGUUGGGAUUAUUUUAUCGCAAAAAGCAAUAGAGAGGCAACAUGCAAAAUAUGUGACUCAACAAUUAAGUACCAUACAGCAUGUGAUCUCAAGAGGCAUUUAAAACGUAUUCACGAUGAUACUGCGAGCAAUCAAAAGAAUAUGGAACACAGAACAAGAAUUUUAAUCUAUUAG